AAAGCUGCAACGACGUUCAGGCAGGCUUGGCUGUGUCCUAUCUACUUAUUGUUCUUGUCUAGGAGAAAGAGGCUCAAGCCUCAAACAAAACAGUCGUCGGUGCACCACCGGACUCCGGUAUUUUUCUCCGUAAUAUUUGUCCUCCAACCGGAGAAAGAUGGUGUGCGGAGGCUUCACGUGUUCCAAGAACGCGCUAUGCUCCUUGAACGUGGUCUACAUGCUGGUAGGCCUGCUGUUAAUCGGCGUGGCGGCGUGGGGGAAGGGCUUCGGCCUGGUGUCCAGCAUCCACAUCAUCGGCGGCGUCAUCGCCGUGGGCGUCUUCCUCCUACUUAUCGCCGUGGUGGGCCUCGUUGGAGCCGUGCGUCACCAUCAAGUCAUGCUUUUCUUCUAUAUGGUCAUUCUUUUCAUAGUCUUCCUCUUUCAAUUUGGAGUGUCCUGCUCCUGCCUGGCAAUGAACCGUGGCCAGCAGGAAGUGUUUCUGAACUCUGCGUGGGGAAUGCUGGAAAGUAAGACCAAAACAGACCUGGAGAGUCAGCUCAACUGCUGCGGCCUGCUCAACGUCACUGACCAACGUGAACGAUACGAGGAAGAUCUGCGAGACUGUCCCGCCCCGUGCAAGACGGCAACGACGAAAUGCUACACGUGCGGAGAUAUGAUGCUGCACCAUGCCAGCGAAGCUCUCAAGAUCCUCGGAGGAGUCGGCCUCUUUUUUAGCUUCACCGAGAUUUUGGGUGUUUGGCUGGCAGUCCGCUACAGGAACCAGAAGGACCCACGAGCCAACCCCAGCGCUUUCCUAUAAUUGGCGCACGAGCGGCGUUUCCCACCCACCAGGCACGCCCAACCGACACGAGGACACGCCGCUCCCACUCCCGCCAUCCUCCCCCGAGACCGCGUACAACUCGUAAUAUUGGCGAGACGUGUCCGGCGACCUGGAGGGCCACCAACCUUAGAGAUUAAAGGCCGCCCCCCGACCCGACAAACAUCUCUCAAAUUAUCGUGAAAUCUCACAUAUAGCGAACGCGUUUUCGUGUCGAGGCGGCGCGCAAAGCAAAAGUAGCUUAUACGUUAGCGCGUUUAGCGGCAGCCAUUUUGCGGAAUGACCCACUACGCUAACUACUGUCGUCACGAUACUAACAUUUUUAGCUCGAUAUCAAUACUCGUAAAAAUACUUGACACCAUUGUGGGUACUACAUAGAUUUUUUAAAUGAACUUUUUCCUACAUUUGUGGUCAAUAUUUUUGACUAAAAAAUCUUGUCAAAUUGCCUCAAAAUUAACAGGAAGUGACCCAAAAUGUACAUGAAUUCAAACAUUCAGAUUCACAUAAUUCACACUUAAAAUAAUGUUACGAAAUCAAGGCGCACAAAAGUUAUCUGCCAGUUUUUUGCCAAAAACAUAACAUUCUAUCAGAAUUUCACAAAAACUUCUCCAUACAUUUCAAUGGCCCCACUUAUUUACAAUGGCACAUUCAACGCCCACAAAAAUGUUUCCAUUGAUUUUUUUAACAGUAUACUAGUUUGAAAUUUGGACCUGCAAAAAUUCUACAUUGGUGGUCAUUAUUUUUGACAAAAAAAAUUUUUUUAACAGGAAGCAACCUAGGAAUGCCCCAAAACAGACAGAAAUUGACCUAAAAUCAACCGGAAGCGACUCGUGUCACAUAGCUAACAGGAAGUUAAUGCUCCAAAAUGAAUAGGAAGUGAUCAAUGAACAGGAAGUGACCCAGAUAUGCUCUAAAAAUCAUCAAAAAGUGUUUCGAAAUCAACAAAGUAACCUGGAAAUUCCCCCAAAAUCAAAAGCAACUGGCCCAAAAAUACCCUAAAAUAAAGAAAAUGAUCCCAAAUUUAUAGGCCAUGACAAACAGGAAGUGACCCGGAACUGCACCAAUAUCGACAGGGGAAUGCACCAAAAUUAACAGGAGGUGACCCAGAAAUGCCCCAAAGCCAACAGGAGGUGACCCGGAAAUGCCCUAAAAUAAACAGGAAGUGACCAAUACACAGGAAGUGACCCAGAAAUACUCUAAAAAUAAUCAGAAACUGUGUCAGAAAACAACAAAGUGACCAAUAAGCGUCUCCGAAAUCAACAGGAAUUGACCCAAAAAAUUCCCCAAACUAACAGGAAGUGACACGGAAAUGCCCCAAACUCAAUGGGUAGUGACCCAAAAAUUCCCUUAAGUCAACAAAAAGUGACCAAAAAUGUUCAGGAAGUUAACCUAGAAUGACCCAAAAUUAACUCAUUGCCUGCCAUUGACAUGCUCAUCAUCUAGUGCCGUAAAAUCCAGUGUCAUUGACGUUAUUAGACGUUCAAUUAAUUUUGACUGGGAGGGGCCAACUAAACUAAUGUUCAUUAGUUCAAUGGAAGCCAAUGAGUUCAAUGAAUGGGGCGUGAUUUGUCACUAAAUUAUCUCGCGACAUCUCAUUUUUAAAAGUUUUAUUAAAAAAAUGUAAAAUUUUAACGACAAAGUUGAUGCACAUGAUUUGCUUUAACGGGCCGUACGUAGUAAUGUGACGAACAAAAUCUGGCCCUCGGGCCUUGACUUUGACACCUCUACGUAAAGAGACGAGUCCGGUGUUCGCAGUCUUUUACUUCUCCUGGUCCAAAAUUCCAAAUAGCAAAUCCAAACUCUGCAUUUUGACUGAUGGCCAUUUACCUAGAAACUCGUCCCGACAAGCAUUCGACGUGAAAUUCCAAGUCGCGCAUCAGAAUUUUUUUCCUGAACUGUAACUGAGCCAGCUGGCACAUGUUGGAGCGCCAACGGACUGCAGACUUAAUAUAUGUACAUAAUACUGAUUUUUUGGUGUCGUUUCCACUCUAGUUUCUUUUUGUGUUAUGCUAGCUGUCAUGUACGUAGCCUCACCUCCUAUUUAACUUCGAUAUGUGAAGCAAGAAUUUUUUUUUUUUUUUUUUUUAGUAUCGCUAAAAGUGAUUCACGUAGUGCUGGGUGAUGAAUUUUCUUAUAUCGUUAUUUAUUCGGCACAGCUACGUUAAUGCUAGCUGUACACCAGUAACCUACAAGCAACUUAAACUCCAAUCCAGUGCACGCGUGCCCUCUAUUAUCAAAUUCCUCACCUACAGAAGGCUGCCCUCUACUGGCUGUGUCCUCACAAUUCUGCCAUUGAUUAAUCAGCCCUGAUACAAAAAAAAAAUUGGGCCCCGAGGAUCCAAAGACACCAGCUCAUGCUACGUAGCUAGCAAGUUUCAAGAUGAUCAGUUCACAAAAGAUGGAGGAAUAGGACUUCAAAGUUGGCAUUCACAAAAAGUAAAACAAGCACAUGUGCUACUACAGGCUGAAGGUUCCCCUCUACUGGCUAACUCCUACAGGCAACACGGCACCAACAAGUCCAUUUUUUUGUUUUUGUGCAUGCAUGCCCUCUACUAGCAAAUUCUUAACCUUCAGAAGGCUGCCCUCUACUGGCUAACUCCUAAUUGUAAUCCUGCAAUUAAUCAUUCCCUUUAUAAAAAAUGGGGCUUAGAGAAUCGUUAGAUAUCAGCCUAUUCUACAUUGCUAGCAAGUUUCAAGAUGAACGGUUCACGAGUACCGGUAGUAGGCUUUCAAAGUUAGCAUUCACAAGAAGGAAAACAAGCACAUAUGCUGCUACUACUACAGGCUAAAGGGUGCCCGAUCCUGGCUAACUCCUUACUGUGUUUUCCCACACUAUAAGGAACACCUUCAAUGAAUGUUCUAUUCUAAAACAGUUUUCAUAUGAAGAGUGCACUGCAUUAUUAAGGGGCAGUAGUAGUAGUAGUAGUGGUUGGAGUUGCGUUAUGCAGCCACUAGAUGGAGCCGUGCUGAAAGGAAUCAUGCCAUGAUUAACAAUAUUGAUCUAUAUAAGGUGCGCCUUUGAUUGCGGCAAGUACGGUAAUCAUUCCCGGUACAAAAAAAUCGGGCUCAGAGGAUUGCUAGAUCCGGCCUAUGCUACAUCGCUAGCAAGUUUCAAGACGAUCAGGUCACGAAUGACAGAAAAGUAGGAAAAAAGGAGAAAAACAAGCACAUGCGCUGCUACAGCCUGAAGGCUGCCUCCUGCUGGUUAAUUUCUAACCUAGUAGCAACUUGUACUCUGUGCAAACAUCUCUUGGCUAACUUCUAACUAUAAUUCUGCAUUUAAUUAAUCAGCCCCGAAACAAACAAUCGGGCCCCGAGGAUUGAUAUCGGCUCACGUUACAUAGCGAGUAAGUUUCAAGAUGAAUGGCUCACGAAAAACUGAGGAGUAGGAUUUCAAAGUUAGCAUCCACAUGAAGAAAAACAAGCACAUGUGCUCUAGUUCUACAGGCUAAAGGGUGCCCUCUACUGGGGCAAAAGGGUAACCUACAGACAACACAGGCACCACUAAGUCCGUGCGCUGUGCAUGCAUGCCCUCUAUUAGCCGAUUGGCAAGAACGACAACAACCUGAGUGGUGAUAGGACAGGGCUUCAGCCUUUAUAAACGGGUAUCAUAAGGCACGUCACAGCAAAAACUCAUGGUUCAUAAAUUGUACAAAUAGCAGUUGAACACAUUGUAGCGAGUCUAGUGAAGGAUUAAACACAUUAUAGAAAACUUUGUCACUUGACAGCCAUUUUGUGUCAGAGCCAUUCGAUGACCCUAACAUGAAUAGAGCGUGUACUAGCUAUACAGUACAUUUUCAAUUGAUUUGUUUUUUUCAUAAACAUCACAUUAAAUUUAUGGCAUCCAUAAUAAUAUAAAUAUUUUGCAACAGCCUGAACCAUAGCCACGCCUGAUAUGUCGACUGCUUUAAGAUGGCAGCCAACGCCGCUUAUACGCAUCAAUAUGUAGCAUAAAUAUGAGAUAUCUAUGGUCACUCCCUCUUUUAAGUUGAGUGCUGCAUUCAAAACUAUUGUAAAACGCACUGUUAAAGCAAAACAGCAAGAUUAACCCAGACAGACAUCAUUUGUACCAUUUUUAGUGAAAUAAUUUAAAAUGUAUAGUUUUCAUGACGAUUCCAAUCGCCCAGCACUACUUAUUUUUUGAUGCCUGAAUUUACAUUUGUCAUACUUCAUAUAAAUAUUGGGGAAUUCAAAAUAUAAAAAUGGCAAUUAAACAAACUAUAGAAAAUUAAAUUGAAAAAUAUGAAAAAAAAAAUCCUAAAUUUUAAAAAUGUUUUUUUUAACCAUUUAGUUUAAAUAAAUUAUUGAGAAUAAUUUUUUGAAAAUAUAUGAAAUAUGAGGAAUUAUUUGUAAAUUCUUCCUAUAUUUAAGAUUUUUUUUCCCCCCAAAAUUAUUUUUAUAACAUUUUUGAUUUUCUAUAUCUUUUGAUUUUUUUUUUUCUAUGUCUGCUGUAAUUUUUCCUAUUUAAUUCUCUUUUUUUUAUGACUACUAAUUUUGGAUUUAUGUAUUCUACACAAACAAAAAAAUACAAAUUAAAAAUUGGGGGAAGAAAAAUAUCAAACAAAUUUUAGAAUGUUUUUUCUAUUCUAAUUUUCUACGGUUCAUUUAAAGUAUAUUUUUCAGUAUAUUUAAGCUUUUUCAAAUUUUGCAUUAUUUUUUAUUCAAUAUUUUUUAAAUGCGUUUUUUUUUUUUUUUUUUUACUAUUUUCAUGUAUUAAUUUAUUCCACAAGAACAAAAUAAUACGUAGUUUUGGGGAAAAUUCAAUAAUUCUCUAAUACAAAUUUGAGAAAUUAUCUUAAAAAAAAGUUUAUUUUGAAUCAAUUUUAUACAUAUAUUUUUUUCAACAUAAUUUUCUAUACUUUUUUUUUUUUUUAAAUGAAUACUAUUAUGUACUUAUGAAUUCCUUCAAUGAUUUAUGUAUAUUUGUUCAAUUUAAAUCCAGGCAUUAACGGGUUAUAAUCUUAUUUUUUUCAUCAGUGUUAAUUGCUUUGUAAAAGUAAAAAAAAAAAAAAGUUACAUUUGAUGUUUAAUGUUU